AAAGCGUCACCGAUUGCUCAAAUUGAGAGGUAAACUUUUGAACGUACGCGUACGCGUUUCUUACGACCGGAAAUAAAGAAUCAGCAAAAGUCCAGCGGAAAAGAGACGCAGUAUUCUCAAUUCCCCUGUACAAGAGCAAGCGAAAUCAUGGCACGUCUUAUCAUAGUACUAGUACUGAUACUGUGCAUAGGGGUGAAUAUUAUUCAAACAAAGAAUGCACUAAAUGAGGAAGACACACAUAAGAUUGAAGAUAUCCUCCCUCAUUAUGCAGGAGCUGAUCAUCUGGAUUCUUUUGAUCAAACACUUUUUCUUGGAGGACAGACAAGAGCAAAGAUAUUCAGAGGUCUCUCAGAUGAGAAGAGAAAGGAAGUAUUCUCAGAUGUUUAUAAACUAGUCGAUACCAAUGGAGAUGGACAAAUCAGUAAAGAUGAGUUGACUGAGUGGAUGUUCCAAGCUUUAUUGACGGUAGAUAAAGAAGAUGCAGUGAAUUCCAUGGAUCCCAUUGAUGAGAAUAAAGAUAAGAUGGUGUCUUGGUUUGAGUAUCAUGAUCAUGUCUAUGGUUAUGCAAUGGGAGAGGAGAUGGAAGAAAACCAGGCAGAGUAUACAAAGCAUAUCAAGCGAUCUAAGAGAUCAUUUGAUCUAGCAGACAGUGAUGGAGAUGGGUUCCUGACUCCUAAUGAGUUUCACAUGUUUCACAAUCCAAGACUCUACAAACAAAUGGAGAAAGUGGUCAUUCUGGAUUCACUGGAAGAUUUUGAUACAAAUAAAGAUGGCGGCAUUGAAGUUGUUGAGUUCAUUGGAGACUUUUUACUGAAAGAUGAUGAGGAAGAACUACCAGAGUGGGUGAUAGAGGAGAAGAGAUUGUUUGAGACAGAGCACGAUCUAGACGGGAACGGGAAGCUGGAAGGAUCAGAAAUCUUUGAGUUAGAAUCCCAGGAGAAAUCAUUCCGAGAGCAGGCUGAAAGGGAGGUUGACCAUCUGAUUGUAAUGGCUGACACUGACAAAGAUGAUCUGAUCAGUUUAGAUGAAGCCCUCCAGAGUGAAGCCCUAUUCAUGGGCAGAGAUCAUGCUACUCAUUUUCAUCAAAACCCAAACAUCGUAGUCAACAAAAAUAUUGAACUAUAACGUCUGAUGUCAAUGAAACUGGUCUUGUUCCUAGAUAGGCGAGUCUAACCUAUCUUGUCCCUGAUGUUACUCACCAAAUAUGGGAUUUUUUUGUAUUCAGGGCCCCGUCUUAUAAAGAGUUGCAUAUCAGUCGUAAAUAAUACCCCUUUCAAACUGGCCUAAUUUUCACAGGACGCAUCCGGACGCAUCCAAUAAAACGGCCACUAUGAAUGGUACCGAGUAGAAAAAGCCAAUAGAAUAGCAGAUGAAAAGAA